UAUCUUGCAUAUAGGAUGACAGUUUAUGAUAUUCAUAAAGUUCUUUUGCUGCUUCUACUCGUAAUACCACCACCACUAUGGAAAAGGAGUGUACGUUAUCAAUGGGUGGUAAAUAACCACGAGAUGUUAAUUACCAGAGACUAUAAACAGCAAGAUAGUUGUCGGAUUUUAGGUUUUCAGAGCGAUGUUAAGGAACUCUCCCAGAGAUGUGUUGGAGGUCAGGAACUACAGCAGCAACGUCAGAAAAUACAAACUCUUGCAGAUGAAACUAACAACCAGCUAAAGAAAAAUGUGUAUCAGAAUUAUAUGCAGUUCAUCGAGACUGCCAAAGAAAUAUCUCAUCUUGAAAGUGAGAUGUAUCAAUUGUCACACAUGUUGUCAGAACAGAGAUCUCUGUUGUCAUCCCUUGCUACAACCUCAUUACUAGGAGACAAGAUCCCCAGUGCUAUUGACAAUGAUGGAGCAGUUGGCACCCCUGGGGAGGGAGAGGAGGGAAAGGAAGAAGAAGAAGAAGAGAGGAGACGAAAAUUGGCAGCCAUUCUGGAAAAAGUUGAAGGAUGUGUGACCCUGCUGGAGACUCCAGGACGUACAAUAAUCCAUGAAGGGGACUUGCUAGAGCUGGAUCCCAUUGAAAAUGGCGCACUCCAGCGAGUGCAUGCUUAUUUGUUUAGUGAUGGUUAUAUGAUAGCAUCGUGGAUACCCAAUAGGCGUGGUCCAGUUCGUUACAAAUUUGAAGCCAUGUAUGAGUUGGGGAGUCUUGCUGUUGUAAAUGUGCGAGAUAUGAGCAGUGUGAAGAUGGCAUUUAAAUUGUUGGCAUUCCCGGACACAAGGGUGUUCCAGUGCACCAGUAAUCAGAGCAAGAAAGAAUGGUUAGAUAAAUUUGAGCAAGCAAAGAAAGCUCGCCUUGCACAAGAUCAGUUGAAACGGGAAUCAACAAAUAUAACUGAACGUUCACCAUUAAGACCAUCACAUUCUGAAUCACUGGAGUCUCCUAGCAAUCCAUUUGAAGAUGCAGAUGAUUCCAUUCCUGAAGCUGAGCUGCCUGAGUGGCUUUUGGAGGUUCCAGAAGAUUUGGAUGUCUGUAUUGCACAACGUCACUUUGAGGAGGCUUACAACCUGUUGGAGAGGGCACGAGAGUUUCUUGAUAAGAAUACUACCACAGAUCCUGUUAUCACAGACAUUAGGCGCAAAGUGGAAGCUCGUGUGAAAGCUCUGACAGAAGUCCUGAUGAAGGAGUUGGAGGUCUCGCCUGACAAAUCUCUGCAAGGAGGUCUGCGGGCUGCCAGAAGAGCAGUCCGUCUGCUGAAUCAGUUGGGCCGUUCGACACAGGCAUGUGACUUGUUCCUGAAAUUGUGCAGUUGCAUACUGAAGACACAGUUGAAACGUGUCAAGAGAGAAGGUGCUACUAUUCUGUAUGUGCGGCAAAUUGGAGGAAUCUUCUUCUCCAACCUGACAGACAUGACUCGUGAAUUCCUUCGAGCAUUUCCGCAUUCCCCCAGCUGUGCCUCAGCAUUUGUGGUGUGGGCAGGCUCAGAGUUGACACACCUGACAUCUCAUCUCAUCAAGCAGAUUUUCAUGCCCCAAUCAUCCAUCACAAUGUUGGCUGAGUGUAUCACAUGUGUUAGGAUUCAGUGUGACCAGCUUUGUGAGCUUGGUGUGGAUCUGCGAUACCAGCUGGAUGGUUUGUUGCGUACCCCAUUAACACGAGCAUUGCGUGAUGCACGGGAGAAACUGGUAGAUGCGGUCAAGCUUCGGGCAGCAGAGGACAAGUGGCGCCCCAUGAAUCUGCAGAGUAAGGCUGGCCUAACAAAAUUUCUGCAAGAAAUGAGUGAUAUUGGCAUAGCCAGUAUACACACAUAUGUUACAGGGGACUGCUGGUUGGGGCUAACUGGCAACACUGUGGCCUUCAGCAAGUUGUAUCUGACACUGCUAGAGGACUGUCUUCGUUUGGCGACACCAGAACUUCUGUACACAGUGGAUGAAGUGCUUAGUGGUGUGUUCCAAGCUCAGAUACUACAUGUAGAAGCUUCGCUGUCCAGCGAUAAGUACAAGGCUGAGAGCAAGUUUAUACAGAAAAAUGCAGGUUUCCUCUUGGACACACUGCUGACCCUUGCCGAGCACUGCUAUGAGGAGAAGAUUGGAAAUCCAUGUGCUAAAUUCAGCAGACUUCGUGAUGACUACUCCUGGCUCAAGAAAGACACCAGCAUCAAGAAAUCUGUGAAACCUGUCACUAAAUACUCCACAACAGAAUACAUCUAAGUGUGUUGUUACAGGAAUAUUUGUAUAUUUCAUUCACGUUGUGCUGUAAAGAGAUCUGUAACAAGACAUUUUUACUUGGUUUCAAUAAUGCUUAAACAGCAGUGUACAUAUAGGCAUUCUGUGCAGUGAUGUAAUAAAUACUGACCCUCAUUCCCAGUC